GCCCACUCGGUUACGUCAGACUCAAACAACCAGGGCUCGGAGACACGGAUGGGCCAAUGACUGCUCUGGGCGUAUUCGAAAAAGCCUUGCCGCCGAAUGAUUGACAACUAGGGGGCCCCUCCCUCUCAGCCAGCAAAGAAAGAUUAUGAACCGGGGCUGGUGGGCGGGCUCGGAGAGUUGACUGACACAUCCUUCGGCCAAUCGCCUCUCCUCUUCGACUUGCAGGGCCCUGGGAGAAAGCCACCCCCGCCUCGUUGUGUGGCGCGGCCGGCGGGAGAGGUGGGAUCCUUUAGGCAGCAUCCCCCCCCCCUUCCUCACUACAGCCUGCGAGAAUAGAGGCUGCUACCGCAGGUACAACCAGGCCGCGAGCAGCGUUAUCAAUGCCCGUCCGGGCGCGGUGUCCGCAGCGGGCUCGGUGACGGCCGCUUCCCUCUCGUGAGCAUCCCAGCCGCGUCCGGCGCUUUGUCUCCAACCAGGGCGGGUGAGGCGGAGACACGAGUGAAGGAGGAGGGAAAAGGGUAUCGACCCCCCUCCCUUACCUCCAUGGUGGAGGUAUCCGAGGGUACGACGCAGGUAUAGGGGGUAUGUAUGGAGGCUAGGCCGGCUCCCCGGGCGCUCACUGAUAUCAUUAUAUUAUUAUUAUUAUUAUAUAUUAUUAUUACAUUAUAUAUUAUUAUUAUAUGUGGGGAGGCACGUCCCCCCCGCCUGCCUCCCCCUCUCCCUGCCUGCCCAGGGCACGGCGAGCAGCACUGACUGAGGGCUCUGACCAUCACCGGAGGAUAGUCACAUUGAUAUAUUGUUCGGGGCUGAUAACGCGUGGGAGAGCCCAGCUCGCACAAAACAACACAAUGUGAAACGAACGGUUUGGAAAAUGGUGGUUGGUGUCAGCCCAGGAGAUACAUGUAUCUAUUCCAGUGUGAGACUGGGUCUACUACAGCCAGUAAUGCAGGAGGGUCCUCAUGGGGGUCAGUGUACUCUGCCAAGCAUUGGGGACCUACAACAACCAUUUAUUAUAUAUAUAGAUAUCUAUCGAUUUGUUGCUGGGUUAUAUUUGUAAAUAUUGUACAUUGUUCUUGGAGUAUACUAACAACCUUAGGUUGGGCAUAGCAUGGCUAAUGCUGCCAUACUUAUUGGGUGCACCAUUUGGCUAACAUUUCUGAGAUUACCACAAUGUAUCAAUGUAUUACUUGCUGGGCAACCCGGGCUGGAUGCGUGCUGGCUAGUGGCCAUUGGAUACGUGCUGGCAAAAUAUGUCCACUUUAUGGCUGACUUGAUAGUAAACACUUAAGUGUCUGUCUUAAUAUUUUGUGCCUGCACACUCCCAAUAUCAGUGUAGUAUGUAUCAUCAUGCCUCAUCACUAGCAGAAGUGGGUGCAUGCUGGCCAGACUUGCCAUGCCCAUGGUAAAUGCGUUAACCUUUUCUUUUUUUUGUCUGCUGGGUAAUGCUUGUUGUUAUAUUAACUUCUUGCUUGGAAUUUAUCAAUGCACUUCAUUUGCAGUGUUAGUCUGAUAUACAAGUGUGGAGCUCUAAGAUGGCUCAGUGGAAAUCUCAGUAAGUGUUACAGUUGCAACCUUGCUCUUUUUUUACAUAAAAUAUGUGGUUCACUGUACACAAAGUUUUCCAGCAUGCAUGCAACAAGAUAUGUGAAUAUCUCAAGAGAUUGCUUUAUACUACAACAUUAAGUUCAUAAUAUGAAUUCUAACAGAUGCAUUUAGUACAUUGCAAUGGUAUCUUAUAACUCAAUUUUAAAAGCUAAAAGAACAAUCAUUAAUAUUUAUAGUCUGAACAGGUUUCCUGGCUCAAUAAAACCGUUACAUUAAAGUCUGAGAUAAUCUAUAUAGCAUAAAUAUUGAUGUCUGUAUCCCACUUUUGUUUAUGCAAAAUUGACCAACCCAUAUUACGUCUGAGGCUACUUAUUAGUCAGCGUGCCAACAAUUCUCAAGGAGGAAUGAAUUAUGGAUCUAUAUUUUAAAUGUCUUCUCGCGAACGUGAAAAUAGCUAUGGUGUGUGUGUCUAUUGCUACUUUUAAUAUAAAAAAAAAAAUAUAUAUAUAUAUAUAUAUAUAUAUAUAUAUAACAUUACACAAGCAUCACAGGUGCACAAAUAACUGUUGUAUAGCCAAAACUUUAAUGUAUGCUAUUAAAUGUAAACCUCAAUGUGUGCAUGUAUAUUACAAAUACUAGAAUCCUUCAACUGCAAUCUGUGCAGUUGCAUCCAUAGGAUAAUUUUUUUUUUUUUUUUUUCUCUCAAAUGUUUUUCCCUAAAAUAGCACUAGGGUGCCCUUUAUUCUUUUUGUAUACCUGAGUAAUGCACAACAACUAUAACGACAAAUCUUGAUUGCAGAAUAGUGCAACAUGUGCCAUCACGUAACUUCGACUAUGAAGAGGAGGGAAGAAAACCCACAAAACUUUUUACAUCAUCUCCUUUGCUUGGUUUUCUAGGAGUGUAAUCGUAUAAGAAAGUUGAGAAUGCACUACAUAUUCCUAAGAGACAUGCACUGUUUGAGUGAAGAUUUACUCUGUUAAAUAUUGCCGCUUACUUCUGUUUUUUUUUAUUUUAUUUUUUUUUUAUUUUUUUGUACUUAUUUUUUAUUUUUAUCUUUUUUAAAGAAAUCAGAGGAAGUAAGCCUUUAACUGGCUUGGAUAUCUGUGAUCUUUACCAAGUUCCAUUGUCAACUCAAUGAAAGGUAAGUUACAUUGGUGCCUGUUUUUUUUUUUUAUUUUUUUUUUAUUUUUUUUUCUUCUCUCUUCCCAUAUUAGGAUUUACUAUUGAUUUCCUACACUGGUGUUCACCUCACAUUGAUUUAUGACAAUUUAAAACACUGCAAAUAAGAUAUAAGUUAACAUCUUUGCUGUAUAUCUUCCUGUAGAGAGCUCUUUCUCAACCAGGAAGUCCUAAAACCUGAUAUGUUUUGUGAGAGAGAUCUGGUUGGUUAUUUUAUCUCAACAGCUUUCUGGUUGCUCAUGAAGUAAGUAGCAAAAUGGUGAAUAUCUGUUUUCUCUAGAAGAAAUUAAAAUUUCAGUGUAAUCAGAAUUCUGAAGCAACAUCUCAAUGGCAAAGGUUAGGCAAAAUUAGCUUAUUUGGGGGGAAAUUUAAUCUCAAACUUUCCAUUUUGAUGUUUGGAUUUUAUCCACGCUGGUUAACUCGUCUUGGUAUUUUAAUCUAAAAUUUUAAUUUCACAUUGAAUUUCCAGCAAUUCACAUUUUUGUGAAUAACUGAUGUAUCUUCCAAAAGUUACCAAUUUUAAAGGGAACUUGUUAUGGGCAAAACUACUUUUGCUCUUAAAAACAAAAUAAUUUCAUUUAUACAUUGUACUAACUGGUUUGCUAGCAAAUGUAUAGAUUGGGGAAAAAUACCCUAUUUUAAUUUAUUUUUGUUAAAACCAGUGCUCUCCCAGUUCUCAAUCAAUUCUUUGGCAUAUACUUUAUGCUGAAUAAUUGAGGGAGAGCAAAAGAGUCCACCCACAGACAAUCUUUCUGCUCUUCACAUAUGGCAACAGCACACACGCAUCAGUUGCUAUGGAACGGUGUGACAUGACAUUACUCUGUUCAGACAUCUGCGUUGUGGAGGUUUUCCCUGCUUGGGAAUAUGUCCUUAAGAAGGGCACAUUAAAGGACCACUAUAGUGCCAGGAAAACAUACUCGUUUUCCUGGCACUAUAGUGCCCUGAGGGUGCCCCCACCCUCAGGGACCCCCUCCCGCCGGGCUCUGGAGAGAGGAAGGGGUUAAACACUUACCUUUCUCCAGCGCCGGGCGGGAAGCUGUACUCCUCCUCUCCUCCUUGCUCGCGACGUCAUCGGCUGAAUGCGCAUGCGCGGCAGGAGCCGCGCGCGCAUUCAGCCGGUCGCAUAGGAAAGCAUUUACAAUGCUUUCCUAUGGAUGCUUGCGUGCUCUCACUGUGAUUUUCACAGUGAGAAGCAUGCAAGCGCCUCUAGCAGCUGUCAAUGAGACAGCCUCUGGAGGCUGGAUUAACCCUCAGUAUAAACAUAGCAGUUUCUCUGAAACUGCUAUGUUUAUUAAAAAAAAAAGGGGUUAAUCCUAGAGGGACCUGGCACCCAGACCACUUCAUAAAGCUGAAGUGGUUUGGGUGCCUAGAGUGGUCCUUUAAUGAAGAGACCAGAAGAGAAAUGCCUACCAUUGUAUGCAUCAUGCGAUAAAGGGUCAGGUAAGUCAUUGCAUCCUUUAAUACCUUGUGAAAAUAAAGUGUAGGUUAAUUAACAUUUUUCACUCUCUUCUUAAAGGAGCACAAUAGUAUUUGGAAUACUAUUUACAUGUUUGGACCCAACUAAUUUUAAGCAUUAAAACUCUUGCCUUAAUAUUUCUGACGUGCUGGUAUCUUUGCUGUCUUCCCGCCUUUUAUCUGUGAUCAUCAGUUUUGAUCCUCAUUGAGUCCACUGCAUUUUUAUGGGCAGUUUUCAGUGUCUCCAUGCGUAUCUAUAUUCAGAAAAGGCAACAUUUACACUGCUCAGCCUGCAGGGAUAGGCUAUUUGCUUGAGAAGCACUGAAUUAAGCUGUAGUUGUUCUGGUGUCUAUAGUGUCCCUUUAAACCAUCGGAAAGAAGUGCAAUUUUAUGUUGGCCUUUUUGUAUAGAAUACAUUGUUUUUGUACAUUAUCUGAGUUUUAGAUAAGCGAAACAUUGUACGAUAUGGAUUCUCCACAGAGCCAAUUCCUUGCAACUGUCACUGGUGUCGAUGAGGGAUUGACACUUCUUGAUGUUGGUUGCUCCACCCAAUGUCAAGAAGUGUUAAGUGAAGGAAAAAUACUGAGACAAUGAAGUCCCUACUUUUGUUUCAGUAUAGCUUUUGACUUCAGUGAAAUUCCAGUACAUUCAAUCAGUAUUUCAUGGAGUAUAUCUUUUUUUUAUAAAAUACUCAUUUUGUGAUAUUUCUGCUUUAAUUGUUUUUUCUUCCUUUUAAUUCUUGAGUAUUGUCUGUGAUUUCUCCCCAAACUCCACCACUCUUUUUAUUUAUUUUCCUGCCCUCUCUUGCAGGGUAUAGCACUUUUGCUCUGUGCACACUGCCCAGUUGUUUUUUUUUACAUGUUAAAGGACCACUAUAGGCUCCCAGACCACUUCAGCUCAAUGAAGUGGUCUGGGUGCCAGGUCCCUCUCUGGUUAACCCUGCCUGCUGUAAACAUAACCGUUUCAGAGAAACUGCUAUGGUUACAUUAGGGUUAAUCCAGCCUCUAGUGGUUGUCUCAUUGACAGCCGGUAGAGGUGCUUCCGUGAUUUUCAGUGAGAAGAUGCCAGCGAUGACGACCGAAGGAGGAGGAAAGUCCCCAGUGCCGAGGGAGCCGGGCGCUGGAGAAAGGUGAGUGUUUAACCCCUUUCCUCCCCGUAGAGCCUGGCGGGAGUGGGACCCUGAGGGUGGGGGCACUAUAGUGCCAGGAAAACAAGUUUUGUUUUCCUGGCCCUAUAGUGGUCCUUUAAGUGCUUAGGUUUUGGCAAAAAAACUAAACAGAAAAAACCUAAAUACUAGUAAGAAGACACUCUUCACAAUAUGUCUGUGUUCAUCUCUCCACUAAUUGCAUGCUACUUGGGCAAAACAGAAGUUUUGACUCCAAACACACUUUACUAGCUGUAAUCACUUUCCAGAUAUUCAGGCAUGAGGCCUCUGUGGAACCAGAACUGAAGUGUCUAUGCUCCUACCCACCUCCCUAUUUCUAUUGGUUCAGUGCUCUUAUCUAAGUGGCCAUCUUGGUGAAUGGAGGAACAAUGGAUAGGCUGUUCUUACUGUACAGAAAAUCCAGAUGCUUGCUAAGCAUAAAAUUGUGUUGACAGACUAAUGCAGAAACCAAUGCACAGGGUCUUCUGGAGAAGUAUAUUCCCCUAUAGAUUUCCAGAUAAUGUGCUGCAGUGCCCACGCACGCACUGAUCUGCAUUAGUUCCUGAAAAUGAGACUUAUUCAAAUUCCAAAUGGAUUCAUUUGCUAGCAUUCAGCCAUGUCUCGGGCUUCUAAUUGUAUAUAAAACCAUUGCACUGGAGAGCAACAGCCACCCCAACUAUAUUUUAAGAAUAUACUGUAAUAUAUUUGAAGCCAAUGGAUAAGUUGUCAGAAAAUGGAAAUCACAAAACUGUUUGCAUCUAAAGAACAGAACUUCCUGUGCAGUUGAAAGAGAAGGAAAUCCACUGAAAUAUUGGUAGUCACAUGGCACCAAAGCACCCAUUUUGUCUGUUUGAAGUAUUCAUAAAUUAACUUGCAAUAGGUGUGGCAACCUCGUCUGGGGAAAACAAAGGUUUCUUAGCUGUAAUAUGUGAAAGACACAUGAAGCAUGGAAUGGAGAGUAAGUCCUAAUGGAGAUCUAUUUGGAAUGCACAGCUAUGUCUGCCAUAAUUUACGUGUAAGAGAUCUAGUCGGGUUAAAAGAAGCUAAUAAAUACUGUAUCUAUAGAAUAGUGUGACAACUUUUUUUGCUGCUUAAAGGACUACUAUAGUGCCAGGAAAACAAACUUGUUUUUGUGGCACUAUAAGGACAUUAGGUCCCCCCACCCGCUGGGCUGAAGAGGUUAAAACCCUUUCAGCCAAUUACCUUUCUCCAGCGCCGGGCUCCCUCGGUGCUGGGGAACUCCUCCGACGUCUGCGUCGAAUGCGUAUGCGCGGCAAGAGCUGCACGCACAUUCAAACCGCCCAUAGGAAAGAAUUACUCAAUGCUUUCCUAUGGACGUCAACGUCUUCUCGCUGUGAUUAUCACAGUGAGAAUUGUGGAAGCGGCCUCUAGUGGCUAUCAGUGAGACAGCCACUAGAGGCUGGAUUAACCCUCAGUGAAGCAUAGCAGUUUCUCUGAAACGGUUUUCAGCUGCAGGGUUAAAACUAGACGGACCUGGCACCCAGACCAUUUCAUUGAGCUGAAGUGGUCUGGGUGCCCAUAGUGGUCCUUUAAUAACUUAACCCAAGUACUCUGCACAUUUACAGCAAGAGUCUUUGUGCUGAACAACUCGUUGGCCAACCUGUAGUCUUUUAAUCAUGCUAUUAAGCUCUUAAACUGUAUGGUUUGGUUUCAGGUCAGUUGAACAAAGUUGUUUAGUUUACACAAACUAGCACUGCUGCAUUUGUUGGGGCUGUGAAAGUAGAUAUUUAUAUAAAAAGAAUACUGGGUUUUUGUUGGUAUUGCCCCACCCCCUUCACACCGAGAGAAAGGGAUCAGAGUUAACUAACCAUGGCUUUAUGUAAACCUGAUCAACAUUUUUGAUAAGUGGAAAUGGAGCCCAAAACUCUGUUUCAUAACUGCUAAUUUGGACUAAAGUGUGUAUGGUGCUUAGGAUGCCCCUUUAAUCUUUGUUACUUAGGAUGGAUGAUAUGGGUCAUUGAAGAGUUAUAUUCAGAUUGAUCUAUCCCCCAUCCAUAUCUGGAGCUUCUUAAAAUGAUUUAAUGUUCACUCCAUCCUCAUGUUUCCCAAGAAGAUGCUUUGCGCCUCAUGAAGGGUGAAACUUCUUUGCAGGGUAUUGUGAUACACAUUCUUCUACUCUGCAACAUCCCCUCUCUAGCUGAUUGCACAGAUACCUGCACGUUUGUAAAUAGACUCUGCCAUUGUAAUUCAUGGAGAAUUAAUAAAUAUUACCCUUGUGAACAAAUGGGAAUACUCUGUACAGUUAUUCAGUUAAUUGUGCAAGUAACUAAAUUAUUGUGACAAAAUAGCCUGACAUACUGUUGCUUAUAUUCUGGGUGUGCUUCCUUAUCUGAAGUUCUGAAACUGCCCUAGAAUGCAUUUGCGGAUAUGCCUGAUGAUUUCUUAUGAAGUCAUGUUUCAUGAAUACAUAAAAGCUCUUGAUUACCUACUUGAUUUUUGUUUGAGUUGUACUUCCAACCAAGCAGCUUAAAGGUAGCCGAACCUUUAGAACAGGGGGUAAGCCUCGAGAUGAGCUAAAAAUAGGUAUUCACUUAUGUGUGUUCUAAAAUAAUUCUCAGGCUAUAAUACAUGUAAUCUUUAAAAAUAAAUAUAUAUAUAUAAUCUCAUCUCUAUUCUUAAAACAGUGUAGCCAGAUGUGAGCAGAAAAUAUGUAAUUUGUAAGGAAUGUAAUUAUUUGUAAGUUCCUGUGAAUUCAAAAUAAUUUUUUUUUUACAUUUUAAUGAGGUAACUGAAAUAUUUGAAACCAUUUCUCUUAUCAGAUUUGUUGGACAGCACCUUUCCUUUGCGUAUGUUUUAGCCGUGGGAGUCAACAAGGAAGGUUUGAAGAAAGUGAGGCGGGAGGGGGGGGAGGCUCUCAGCCCUGUCCUCCUCCUCCCAGGGGUGCAGCCAAUCGUGUCUUCGGACCCCCGCACCUGGAGAGUGGAUGUGGGUUUGUCAUGAGUCCGGCCGGCUGCUCCCAUGUGAACAGCUUUAAGGUGGAUAAUUGGAAGCAGAACCUGCGUGUGAUUUACCAGUGUUUUGUCUGGAGUGGGACUCCAGAAACUCGAAAAAGGAAGGUAAGUGUAUUUUACAUCAAAAUACCAUUUUGAUUAAUUCAACAUAAUUCUGUACAUUUUUUGUUAAAAACAAGAUAAUCAAAGUAUUAAUGGGUGCAUGCAACUAUAAAUUUCUAAUCUGUGGCUGCAUAUUUUAAAUGCAGGUAACUGUUUCUCAGUCAUGGUAUAAAGGAAAGUAGUGGUUCUGAAGCUAAAACAGGAGUUUAAUGCUUUCAUUGAAUACAAUAAUAUAGAAAACAUAACUUUUUUUUCCUCACAGAACCAAAUACCAUCCACUUGCAAAUAUGACCUAUGUAUCAAAACAGUCACAAACUGCAAAAACAACUUGCACUGUGUAACCAUCCAUUUGUCUUUCUUCCAACAAUGUACAUUUCUCAUAAACACACAUAAUGCCAAUGGGCUACUGCAAGAGGGCAUUUAUUCUAUAGAUCUGUUAUUGCUGAAAAUGUCAUAAGCCCCCGUUCAAAUUGCUGAGCAAAUGACUGGCUGAGAGGAUAGCGCCACUUCCUGGCUUCCCGUUUUGUUUGGAGCUGGAAAUCUAUGGAUUUGAUGAGAGAACCAUGUUAGUAGAAAUUUUCCCCCUCUUUUGCAAUGAAUGUGUCAUCUCUGGCAAAAGGUUUUCUUUUCAGUCUGUUUAACAUUUUAUAAAUGUACGUUAAAGGAACACUGUAGUGCCAGGGAAAACAAAGUUUAAAAGCCCUUUCUGUCACCUGGGUCUGGCGCCAAUAUUCCUUGGCGCUGGCUCGGGUCCGCCUCCGCUCCUCGUCAGAUGUACUCCACAAAGCGAAUUAUUGCAGAUAUUUUUUUAUUUUUUUUUAAAACUGUAAUAAUUAGCUUGGCAGGAUUAAGGGACCUGGGUGCCUAUAGUGUCCCUUUAAUUACUUGCUCAUGGUUCAGUUUAAUACUGAGUUUUAGAAUUGCAAGCUUAAACCACUGUCCAGUCCACAGUAUUUGGAAAGUAGUUAAUCUUUCAAUUCUAAUAAUUUUGUGUGGGUUUUUGGUGGUGGGGGGGUUUACAAUAUGUCCAUAAUCCAGUGGCAAGAUGGUCUGACUGCUGUAGCUGUGCCUGCCUUUAGCAGCCAAAUGUAUGCUCUAAAAGCUCCUCUCUUGAAGACAAUACUAAAAUAAGGCAGUGGGAACAUGCGGUUAUCUUGUAAAGCACUUUAAAAGCUAAAGUGUUUUUAUGGGGUUGUGUGCCCUUUUAAAGUAAUAUGGUGUUUUGGAUGCUUAACUUUAUCAACUAUGCCAUUCCAUCAUUAGUGUGGCUGUAGCUAUGGCACUUGCUGUUUCUGGUUCAGCAGACUGACAGUGCCAGGAUUGCUGGCUAUAGUGAUUCGACAAAAGAAGGAAAACAAUAUGUAAACUAAUGAGGCAUUAUUAGGAUACUAUAUGUACCAACAUCAGCUUGUGUAUUUAGUUGUUAAAAGGCUAAUAUUGAUAACUACAAAACAAUCUCGUAGACUCUGAAAGGCCACUAAAGGAAGAAUGUCAGAGCACAACUUCAAAGGGGCUUACUACAAGAUCCAUACCACCGGUAAGUCUUAAAGCCAGACAUGGGUUACUGUAUGCAAGUAUAGUAAUUGUGGAACAAAGAGUAGGUCAACCUUCUCUAUUCAUUACUACCUAUGACUAGUAUUAAGAAACAAGCAUGGUGCAUAAUCCAAAGUAUAGACCUCAUAGAGACAAUGUGGCAUACACAGGAACUGGCUCGCUUACCUUUUGAAUUUUCUCCUCGCAUCUGCAGCUUGAUGCUAUUGAGCGGUAAAGAAAAUGGGAUGUGAUGCCUGUUUAUUGCUAAAGUGUGUUUUAAUGUUUUUUCAGGCCUAAAAAGGGAAAUGGUUCAAGGGGGCCACUUACCUUACCUGAACAAACAUACCUUUCCUUUGCCAUAGAUUGGCCUGGAUGAGCAUACACAAUGAAGAGGACUUGUGCACAGUUAAAUUAAUACUGUUGUAAACAAAUAGUAAUACGAAAGUCAAUUUGGAAGACUUUCCAAUUCUCUUAUAAUCACUGCUCUAUUUUGUUGUAUACAUGUUUACAACUUGUUUUUCAUUGAUAUUCGAUUUGGUAAAUAUUGCCCGAUGAGCUACAUAGUCCAGGCAGUCUUUGAUAAUAAAAAUGCUUGCAACCAAGCACUAAAUAUAACUGCUUUUGGUGAAGACUGAGAUCCUCAAAGAGCUGGUUCUCUAAAGCUGCAUGUACACACACACAAUUUCCUUUUUUUCUUUCUUUUUUUUUAAUAUUUUUAUUAUAACAGAGGGUUGUUACAGAUAAAGACAACAGUAAUGCCGACAGUUUACAGUACUUGCGAGCAUAUGAAUAUCAAAAUGUACACACUAACUUACAUGUACCAUUAAACAAUGUGUCAUACUUAUGGAAUGCUGUAUUCAUAUUUUAAUGGUGUAGUCUAGGUGUAGUUCAAAAUCUUUAAUUGAUGAGUAAAAAUUGACCCCUGGCAAGAAAGAAUAAGCCGCAUAACAGAUAUUGGCACUAUUUAUUAGAAAAUCCAGGCAAUGCUAUGUGAAGGACAGAUGCACUGAGGUGUGCUUUAGUGGACUUGGUGCACGUGUGCCAGAGUUGUGCAUUACUGUAUACUAAACAAAUGCUUCUUAAGUGAUGGCACCAAAUAACUGGUAGACAACUCCGUGUUGGCAACCGGGAGGACAAGUUCUUCAUGUCAUUUGUGGUCUGAGUGCCAAAUAUGACACAUUUUCAUCAAAAACGGCAGGCCUGUUCAGACUUUACUAUUCAAUCACAGACUUCCCAAUGCAGCUCAAUAAGAAAUCUUUGCAAAGAGGUGCUCUGGGCAAUUGCUUCUUAUUGAGUUCAGUGCAAAUAGGCUAACCAAACCAGGAAGUGACAGGACCUGUUGGCUGCUUGAAAAUCCAGGUCGUGGGUUAACCAGUUUCAUUUAUAAGUGUCAGUUUCUAUUGAAAUCUGCACUAUCCAAAAUGAAAUAAAUAGGACACACUCUUCACACACACAGCUUUUCAGCAAGCUAAAGUGCUUUAGGGUUUUGGAGUGUCUCUUUAACAUUUAAGUUGGGGGCAUGACAAAUCCCAACUGCCAGGUCACGAAUGGCAACUAGAAAUUCCGCCCUGGCGCCCAGUAUUUGUCUGCCCUUUAGAAAACAGCCGUUGCGGGGAACUUUGAAGUCUGCGCACGAGGGAGCACUAAAGUUACUCUCUGCUCCCUCAUGCGUUUAGUGAUACCAGAUCCGAAAUAUGACGUCACUCUGGCCCCGGCAUCACUGCAGAGAGCACGCAGUGGCGAAGAGAGGAACUGCAGAAAAAUUAUAGAGUGCAGCACACUGGACCUCAGGGAAAGAUCAACUCUACUCUCCCAAAGGUAGGGAGGCUGGAUGGACUUCAAAGGGACUCUCCAGUGUCAGGAAAACAAUCCGUUUUCCUGGCACUGCAGGCCCCUUCUCCCUCCCACCACCCAUCCCCGGGUUGCUGAAGGGGUAAAAACCCCUUAAGUGACUUACCGGAGACCCUCGGUGGUUUUGGGUCGCCGCCGCUCCUCCCCUUCAUCAAGUCGGCCGGGGGGGGGACACAACUGAGCACGCUCAUUAGAGUUCUCCAUAGGAAAGCAUUGAAAAUCGAUGCUUUCCUAUGGGGAAUUGAGCGACGCUGGAGGCCCUCACACAGUGUGAGGACGUCCAGCGACGCUCUAGCACAGAAAACCUGCUAUGAAGCAGGAAGUGCCCUCUAGUGGCUGUCUGGUAGACAGCCACUAGAGGAGGCGUUAACCCUGCAAGGUAAAUAUUGCAGUUUAUGAAAACUGCAAUAAUUACAGUUGCAUUGUUAAGGGUAGUGGGAGUUGGCACCCAGACCACUCCAAUGGGCAGAAGUGGUCUGGGUGCCUGGAGUGUCCCUUUAAUAAAAAAAAUGUAAAUGUAAUUUGUUGGUGUGUGUGAGAAAAUGUCUUGGGUACCUUCCCCCUCUAAUCGCAUGAUAAAGGUGUUUUUACUCGCUGUUUUUUUUUUUUUUUUCAUACACAGUGCCAGUUUUGCUGUGGCUGGUACCAUCUCCAUGGCUGAGGUGAUUAAUCUUUGUUCUCCCCUAAGCCAAUGCUUUCCCAUAUAAAAUUAUUGGGAGGAUAUUACUGCAAAACACAGCAGCGUGCCAGUCAGCAUCUCCUCAUAGAGAUGCAUUGAAUUAAUGCAUCUCUAUGAGGAACAUUCAGCACCUCCAUGCACAGCAUGCAGCUCUGAUUUAGGACUCUAAUGGCCAUCUAGGUGACUGUCACUAGAUGUUACUAAACAGCAAUGUAAACUCUGCCUUUUCACACAUUAAGCUGUAGUGGUUCUGGUGACUAGUGUGCCUUUUUAAGAAUUGCAUUUUUCUUGUUGAAAAUGAAACUUUAAUAGUUUCUCUUUUUUUUUUUUUUUUUCCUUGGAUUCCAAGCUCUGAUUUAUGUAGACUCCCCCAUGUGUAAGUCUGGCUGCUCGACAAUAUUUGAACAUUUCUAUAAACAGCAGCAAUAGUGUCAGCGCAUGCACUCUGCAGACCAGUGGUGGCCCAUAGCACGUAAUUCUCCAGAAAUGUACAUAUUUUUCAGAAACAUUACACUUAAAGGGUGGCAAGUAAUAGGCUGAGAACAUCAUUUGAGCCUCUACCUAUCGCUGCUCAGACAAUCAUUGCUUAACACUUGAAGGACUCUACUAUAGUUUAUUGUUCUGGUGCGUAUAAUCAUUCCCUUCAGGCUUUUUGCAGUAAACACUUUUUGAGAAAAGGCAUUUUUUACAUUAGAGCCUAGGGAUACCUUCACUGACCACUUCUCAGAUGGCUACUAGCGGUGCUUUCUGGGGCAGCAGCACUGACACUCAGUGUCUCCACCUUCUGCAUGGUGAAAUUGCAUUCAUUCAAUGCAUCUCUCUGAGGAGAUGCUUAUAUGGCUAAGUCUGUGUUUGGCUUGUGCUGGGUCUGCCACUGAUAUGCCUCCUUGACAAGCUCAGCCAAUCCAAGCAUUGCGAUUUGCUCAGAUCAUCACUUCUGAUGUCAGCCAGUAAUGCAGACUGGGGAGGGGGUGGGGGGGGGAAUGGUGCUAGAUAGUUUUUAAUGCUAUAUGGUCAUGAAUACAUAUUUGUAGUGUUUCUUUAAAGGCUCAGGUGGACUCCAUAAAACAUGUAUUACCAUAGCUGCAUUCCCCCUCUUUGUUUUUCUGAAUGGGACAUUUUAGGAUCUUGAACUAUGACUGUACAUGGGCUUUGCACUUGUACUUUUCUCUUGUAUAACUUGCCUAUUCACUGAUCAUAACCAGCUUUUGACAGAAUUCUAAAAAAAUAAACCCUUGGAUUGGGGGAAGAGUCACAAAGACACCAUCCACAAUACAUGACUAUCAAUAAGCAACAAUGACAACGGCGGCAAUUAAAGCAGCUCUGCAAAAUAGGAAAAGACCAAUGGUGACCUCUCCUUUUAAUGCGCCGCCAUAUACUUCUUUAUUCAACUCCUGAUGCUACCACCUCCCGGAGCGUACAUCAGUGCACUGAGGUUCCUGCGGGAGCCUUGAUGGACAAUAUACUCCGCCAUCCUCAUUGUGGAAUUGAGUUGACUGCAGUAGCUCUGCUUUUUGUCAAUCGUAGGAAAAAUGCACAAGGAAGUAUUUCCUACUUUACUUUGUGCAUCUCCUGACUGAGUUGGAAUUUUAUUAAAAAUGCCAAAACUAUCACUGUGAGUAGUAGGGGCUAUAAUAUAUGGAGCCUCAGUUUGUGUGUGUGUGUGUGUGUGUGUGUGUGUAUAUGUGUGUGUGUGUGUGUGUGUGUGUGUGUGUAUAUGGAGAGAGAGAGAGAGAGAGAGAGUGAGUGUAAAGGGAGCACACUUGGACUUUUUCUUAGUGGGGAAAAAAGUACUUUAAUGUAUCAUCAAAUAAUACAUAUUCUGUGCAAACAAAUCGACGUUUCGACCCUCCUGGGGUCUUUAUCAAGAUCACAGUGAGACAAUAAUACCUAUAACAAUAUAUACAUGUAAGUGAAAUAAAGCUUACCAAUUAGGUGAUCGGACAGCCGGCGGGCUGAAGAACACGGAAGUGAGGAACCCACGUGGGAGCGUGCAUGUGAUGUACGUAGACGUGCAUGUAACCGGGUUGCUAGGCAACCUUACAAACAGUGCAUAUACUUCUGUUACAAACGUGUGUGUGUGUGUGUGUAUAUGUAUAUGUGUGUGUAUAUAUUCAAAUCUCCACACAUUUGGAAGGGAGGUGGGGAAUGAUAUUCCUCUCUAGGGACAGGUACAACAUAGCAUUAGUGUUUUAGUAUUCCUUCAACAGAUGUUUUCAGCCUGGUUGUAGCACAGUUGGUAAAUAGAAAAUAAUUAAAGUGAAACAAAUGGUUUGAGGGUUGGAGCAAUGAACACCUGCUCUAUUAUUAACCCCUGUAUUGCGGUUUGUGAUACAUGAGAUUACAAGGGAGCAGAUUUCUGGAACUCUCUUGGAUAUCAGAGGUCUGUGUGGUUUGGGGGAUUAUUUUACUAUAGGUAUCUGCCCAUUGUCUUGCUGAAGGGUAAAUGGUGAAAUUGUGUAUGUGACUCUUAGAACAGAUCAUGGGGAAUUGUAACGGUUUGAUUAUAAUUUUUAUUUAUAUAGCGCUAUCGGAUUCCGUAGCGCUGUACAACAUGUGAAGUAGAUCUAUGAAUUCAUAUAGUCACUUCAUCCAUACACUGACAUUGUGAUAAAUGCUUUGUCUGGAUUUGUGACACAUUUUCUUGUGCAUUUAUCUUUAUAAUUAAUAAAAAAAAAAAAAAAUAAGCCAUAGAGCUUAUUCCCAUACAGAUACUGGGAAGUGCUGAAUCAGAAGUGCAUUUCUGGUAACUCUCCCCAAAUCAUGCUAAUUCAGAAUAUACUUGGCCUCUUGUGGAUAACCCCAUACUUCAAGUCAAAGUGAAAUGUAUAAAACCUUUGAUGUGAAAAUACAUUCUGAAUAUCUAUGGCCUACUAAUGUUUGAAGUUGUGCGAGUAAUGCUUAAAGAUUAGAAAUGGUAUUGGGGUGAUUUAUUAUUUUAUUUUUUGGACUGGUUAACCAUACCCUGUUUCUCAGGAAUGCUGGGAAAUAGUCACAUUUAUUUACUUUCAAAUGUGCACAAAAUAUAAUUGCACAAUACUGGUUAAACAGUUGUAGUCUGGAAUGUGCCCCUCCCCCACCCCCUUUUCUCCUUUCUACUUGUAAUUUCUGCAACAUAAUGGUAAAACACAUCUCUAUAUCAAUGUAAUUUGUCCUGAGCUUAGGUCUGUGUGUCGUCUUAAUAGCACAUUAGAAACCUUUCACGUUUUGCUGACGCGGGAAUGAAGAGGUUUAAGGUAAUAGAUUUUAGACUGCAUCUUUGAACAGUGCUGCAGAAUUGGCAGCCUUAAUGCUGUAAUGGAAUUGGCCACUGCAGUGGUGCAAUGCAGGAAAUGGCUGUAUUGUGCUUGCUAGUCUCAAACUAUAUAUACAGACAUUGCAACAUCUCUUUUUUACAUUGCAGUUUGUGUACAGUUAGUGAGUCAAACAUCAGGAACCACCCAAUAUCUGUAAAAUCUUGCUCACAGCUUUUGUAAUAGGACUAUUAGUGUACCUAAUGUUAAAUUUUAUACCCAUAAAAUGAAACUAAUAUAGGUAGGUAUUUCAUAGUUUGCAUGGGGGGGGGGGCGCAAUAUGUGUGUAUAUAUAAAUGUGUGUGUAUUCUACUGACAAACUUAAUAACCACUACAUGUUGCCAUUGUUUGUUCUGUCCUGUUUUUGUUUUUCUUGUAAAAUGUUCUUUUACGAUGGUUAUGAAUGUUUGACAUGGUGUUUAUAUAUUUAAUCUUGAAUUUUUAUAUAAACAAUUGCAAUUCUUGUACCAUGAAGGCAAGCAAAUCGUAGAAUACAAUUCAAAUACUAAGAAAAUGGAGGAUACAUUAAAUAGAUAAUUAUGCAUUUGUGUUUCUAGGGAAACUGCAGGGAAAAUAAUCGUCUAUUGCUUGUGGGUUCCAUUUUGUUGGUAUACCUAGGUUGUUUGUCUUCUCAGGUCUUGAAAGGCUAGAAUUUUAAUUUUUCUAAACUCUAAAAAUUUUACUUUUAACUGCAUAAGUCAAACUUCAUAACUUUUUAUCUGAUAAUCAGUUUUUAUGCAUCCACCCAUCGCAGAGUAAGGUCUUUUUUUCUUUCUCUUGGCAAAAUGGUGAGCCCAACUUCUAGCAUUUGGAAACGUUUUCUUCUAAUACUGUGAAAAGCGAUACAAAAUUCUACCAAUACAUUAUUGCAUUACCGUUGUCUCCCUUUCAAUAAGCAGAACUAAACAAGACCUCCUUAACAUGCCUAACUUAGACUUUAUUUUCUUCCCUACAGGCUAAGUCUUGUAUCUGUCACAUGUGUGGUGCACACCUGAAUAGACUUCAUUCUUGCUUAUACUGUGUUUUCUUUGGAUGUUUCACGAAAAAACACAUCCACGAGCACGCAAAGGGUAAAAGACAUAACCUAGGUAAGCUUGCACUUCUCUCCUCGUGUGUGUGUGUGUACACACAGAAUGCAGGUAACUUAAAAGGUCAAAAGUCUGUAAGUUAACUGUUUAAAACCUUCAAAAAGUAAACUUAAAUUGGGUGAAGGAAUGAAGUAAUGGGGGAAUUUUUAUUUUUUUCAAUUUUUUUUUUAUUUUGAUACUGGUGUAUCAAAGAAAAACAAGAUAUGUGCAGGAUAUCUGUAUUAUUGAAUGACUUAUGUCUAAAGUAAUGCACUCGCAAUUCCCAGAGCUACUUCAAACCAGCUCUUGGUAUAUCCGUUUAAUUCUUCCAGGGGUGUGGUGUAUAUUCCUCUUCCCAGUAACUGGAAGCUGCAGCAAAUGAAUAUAAAGAGAACCCAUGAGUAUAUUGCCAAAACUUUUAUGCAAUAUAGGCAGUUAACUCUUUACAUUGGAUCUGUAAGAGCCUUAAAAACAACCGUUGCCUCAAGGUUGGAUCUCUCCUGCUGGUUUAUUUUUAUUUUAUUUUUUUCCCUCCAUGUGUGAUCCUUGGCACAAGCCACAAAAAUGAUCAUAUUUACAAACAUUUGCCAUAAAUAGUAUUGCAAUAUAUUUGUUGUGGAUUCAUUUAAACGUAUACAUAUAUUUGUAUCAAAUACCAAUAUAAACUAAUAUUAAUACAUGUCCAUAAAUUAUGAAAGUACUUGUAACUUUUUUCAACACCCACAACAUAAAGGUUUAUUUGCAUAUAUGCAAUCAUAAAUUGCAAAAAUUAAUCAUUGUGUGUAUAAAAUGAGAAUGAACUUUAUUAAUAAUAAAGCUAACAAUUAUGGAAGCACUAUUUAAAAAAAAAAAGUAAUACUUGCAAUUCUACAUUAAGACUUUUAAGACUGUAGGGCAGAGUGUCUUUAAUUUAAAUACACUUUAAAAAAAAUAAAAAAUAAAAUUUGUGUUAUUUUUUUUGUUAAAAACCAAAAUCCAAAGGCUUCACAGUGUGGUACAAUAGGUAGUAGUUUAUUCAGGAUCAGCAGGACAAAAUCAUAAACGGCGUUUCGGCCUCAAGCCUUAGUAGUAUAUAUGACUAAGGCUUGAGGCUGAAUCGUUGUAUAUGAUUUUGAUCUCCUGAUCUUGAAUAAAUUUCCUGUCUAACCACACUGUUAAGAAUUUUUGGAUUUUGAAUACUCCUCCUAAGGGACUGCAGAUUUCUUCCAUGGUGCUCCAGGUGUGGUAUCGGAAACUAUUUAUUUGGUUCCGAGGGCAACAUUAUGUAUUUUAAAAAAAUUAAAAAAUAUAAAUUUUUUAUUAGAGUAUGAAGUUGUCUAGCGGUACAUAUUGCAUACUGUCUGUUGCAGGGGCAUGUUUGCAUGUAAAUCACAUUACUCGUGAAAAUUCCUUGUGUUUAUAUUUUUUUCCUUUUUUUUUUUUUUUUCUUAAAUAUUUUUUUGGAUUGUUUCUUCGCUCCUGUCCCUCACAUGCUAGACCGUAUGCACAAUGAUUUAAAAAAAAAAAAAAAAAGCCAGCUUAACUUGGUUAUUAAUGUUUGUUGUGGUAUCUAUUGCCUGUCCCUGGAGGCAUUUUCAGAAAAAAGGCAGUGGUUACAUUACUGCCUAGGGACGCCUCCAUUGGCAGUCACUCAAACUGCCACUAGAUGUACUGACAUUCAAUGUCUCUAUGCUUGGAGAUGCUGAACUUUCCCCAUAGAGAUGCAUUGAGUCAGUGAUUAUCUCAGUUAAUCCAAUGCUUUUCAAAAUGCUGCGUUGCUCCAAUCUGCAUCUUCUUAGAGAUGCAUUGAAUCAAUCCAUCUCUGUGGGGAACGUUCAGCGCCUCCAUGCAGAGUUCUCUGAAAAGGAAGUGUUUACAUUAAAAGGCCUGCAGAGACUGUGCCUAGUGUCCCUUUAAGAAUUUCUACUGUCCACUGAGUUAUAUUAUAGGGUAAAUGUGUGGUUCCCCUUUGAAUUAGACACUCCUUAGGACCCCCCCACCCCACCUUUGGGGUCCCCCUCCCUUAGCGCUGAAGGGGUUAAAACCCCUUCAGCUUAACUUAAUCCAGCGCCGGGCUCCCUCUGCGCUGGUGACUUCUCCUCCCCCGCCGACUUCAGCUCCCGAGCUUUCUCAAUGCUUUCCUAUGUACGUUCUGCACGCUGAAUGCGAAUUUCGCAUCCAGCGUUGCAGGUGCGCUUUUAGCGGCUGUCAGGAAGAAAGCCACUAGAGGUUGGCUUAACCCCUAAUGUAAACAUAGCAGUUUCUCUCAAACUGCUAUUUUUACAUGUGAUAGGUGAAAACCUGAGGGACAUUGUACCCAGACCACUUCAUUGAGCUGAAGUGGUCUGGGUGACUAUAGUGUCCCUUUAAUGUAGAAUUCAAAGUAUGUCACUUCUUAUAGUACUUCUGUUUUUAUAAUUGUUUUAUUCCUGUGUAUUAUUUUUUAUCAGCAGGGUGAUAUUGUGGGUUUUUUUUUUUGGUUUUUUUUUUUAUAUGCAUGCGUAUACGGAUAUAAAAAAAACCUUUUGUUGGUGUUGGCAAACUAAUUACAAAUAAUUUUUAUAUUUAUCGUUGAUGUGUAUUAAUUUAUAUUGGUAUUUGAUGCAAUGUUGGAUGUAAACGUUUAAAUGAAUCCAUUUACAGAUUUGUUUAUUAUAAUAAAUUUUCUGACCGUUGUAUACAAUUUGAUUUUUGUAAUAGUGCGUCUUAAAAAAACAACAAAUAACACAAUGUAAUUUUAUUAGCAUUUAGUUAGCGACGUUUAGUAUACAUGCCCUGAUUGUACAUACCAACGUUAAACUUUAAUAGUGUUAUGCAAGUAGAAAAAUUAAAAUCUGGCAAUGUGAUGUAUUUAAAUUAUAAUUUGGUAAAAUUAUGGUUAUUAGGAAAGAUUAUUAUUUUUUAUGCACAGAUCGUAUACAACACACUAUUGAAGAUGUUAAUUGGGCAAAUGAGGUUUGGGAAAUGGACCAAUUAAUACAUUUUUAGAUGGACAGUAGGACCCUUUUUAAGGAAAGCGAGAUCUAGGCUAUGUGUUGAAAGAAGCCAGAUUUAGAGUUUGAAACGUGUAAAGAGGAGGCAGACACAGAACUCCUUGGUAAACUUGAGCGGCAUGCUUUUAUGUGUGGUGAAAAGAAUGUUUUAAGUGUACCCUGGGAAACAUACAUAUGAGAUGUAACAGAACACGUUUGCUUAUAUUGUAGUAGUACUCAUUUAUGUUUUGUCUUCAGCCAUAGACCUAUUGUAUGGGGGUAUAUACUGCUUUAUGUGUCAAGACUACAUAUAUGACAAAGAUAUGGAGCAAGUUGCCAAAGAAGAACAAAGAAAAGCUUGGAAACUGCAAGGUAUGGGUAUUUAUUUUCAAAUGGUAAAAAAAAAUGUGUAUUGCGUAUGUGUAUUGCAUGUAUGUAGUGUAUCUUCCUGUUAACAAUCCUAAACCACUAUUUCCAUUAUGGAAAUGUUCUGUGUAGUGGUUUGUGUGUUUUAUAGAUUAAACACUGGCUAGUGCUUUUAUUUCUUCUGAUAUCCCUUUUUUAAUGCACAUUCAGGGCAAUACAUUUUCCCUAGAAAUGUGUCAUAUAGUAGUCUAGGUAAAAAAAAAAAAAAAAGACUAAAGUCCAUUAAUUUCAAAGUUUGAACCCAUUCUUUCAUGCUGUCCAUCCAAAAGAAAAAGGCAAAAUAACACAGUUGUAGCAAUUUCCAAUUGUGCCACUAAAAGGGAAAACUUUUUUCUUGCCGCCAUGAUGCCAAUCCGAAUUUCUUUUCUUUUUUAAUUUUUUUUUUUUUUUUUUCUUUUGGAUCAACAACCUGUUCACAUACACUGAUCAGCCACAACAUUCAAACCACUGACAGGAGACGUGAAUAACUUUUAUAUCAUUACAAUGGCACAUGCAAAAGAGUGGGACAUAUUAGGCAGCAAGUGAACAGUCAGUUUUUGAAUUUCGUGUGUUGGAAGCAGGAAACAUGGGCAAGCGACAGGAUAGGAGUUACUUUGAUAUGGGCCAAAUAAAGAUGGUUAGAUGACUGGGUCAAAGUAUCUCUCUAAAACCGAAAGUCUCGUGGGGGGGGGUUCCUAUUAUGCAGUUGUUAGUAUAUACCAAAGGUGAUGCAAGGACAACCAUUAAACCACUGUCAGUCAUGGGCGUCAAAGGCUCAUUGAUGCAUGUGGAAAGCGAAGGCUACCCAGUCUGGUUCAAUCACACAAAGGCACUACUAUCGCUCAAAUUGCUGAAAAACAUAAUGCUGGCCAUGAUGGGAAGGUGUCAGAACACACAGUACAUCAGUUUGCUGUGUAUGGGACUGUGCAGCUACAGACCAGUCAGAGUGCUCAUGAUGUCCCAUGUUCAUUGCUGACCGCACCUUCUAUGGGGACAUGAGUGUCAGAACUGGACCAUGGAGCAAUGGAAGAAGGUUGCUUGGUCUGAUGACUCACAUUUUCUUUUAGAUCAGAUGGAUGUCUGGGUGCAGCAGGUUGCACUAUUGGAAGAAGGCAGGCCGGCGGAGUCAGUGGUAUGCUCUGGGAAACCUUGGGUCCUGGCAUUCAAGUGGAUGUUACUUUGCAACAAUCUCUCGGUAGGUGGUACGUGUCAGACAACGUACACCCUUUCUUCAUGGUAAUGCUGUUUGCUAAUGGCAGUAGCCUCUUUUAGUAGGAUAGUGCACCCUGCUACCCUGCAAAAAAAUUCAGGAGUGGUUUGAGGAACGUGACCGUUUAGUGUGUUGCCUUGGUCUCCAAAUUCUCAAGAUCUCAAUCCAAUUGAGCAUCUGUGGGAUGUGCUUGAACAACAAAUUCGAUCCAUGGAACCCCCACCUUGCAGAUAGUAAAGGAUCUGCUGCUAAUGUCUUGGUGCCCGAUACUACGGGACACUUCAAAGGUUUUGUGGAUUCCAUGCCUCAACGCAUCAGAGCUCUUUUGGCAGCAUGAGUGGGAGGUAGUUUUAAUGUUGUGACUGAUCAGUGUACAUAUCAAUUAUAUAAUUGAAUUCACUAUUGACAAAUUAUUUCUAGUUCCACAAAGGAAGCCAAGACUUCUCAUAAAGUAAGAAAAUAGAAAUUAAAAAAAAAAAAAAAUAUAUCUAUAUCUCUCUCUCUAGCAAUCAGGCAUUGUUAUCCAGACGUGCAAUUUUCAGAAAAACUCCAUGAUAUGAGCAACCUCUAUAUCCAUUGAGUGAUACAGAAUCAAGGGUGCAUAUGUCCCAUUUAAUGAAGAUAUACAAGAUGAACCUGAGCACUGCACAUAGGAUUAAACUAAAUUGUGACACUUGUUUACACACUGUUACUGUCCACAUUAGGAUACUGGGGAAAAUAUCUAUCUCCAGAGAUAGGCAACAUUCGGCACUCCAGAUGUUGUGGACUACAUCCCCCAUAAUGCUGGCAAAGCAUCAUGGAAGGUGUAGUCCAAAACAUCUGCAGUGCUGAAGGUUGUCAAUGCCUGCCCUAGACCUUCAAUUAAAAUCCAUCAAUUUGCAGACUCUUAAGAAAAACCUGGAGCCUUGGUAUAAUAAAUAUAUAAAUCUUUGACACCACAGUAUUCGCGCCUUAGUUGGCUGCAUAUGUUUGCCAAUCUUCAAUUGGAUAUAUUUGCUAUUCUGCAACAGUCUCUACUCAUCUUUGUCUACUUUGUUUUCUUGGAGCACACCAUACUCAGUUUAUCCAGUCAAAAUAUAUAUAAUCGAUUCUUGGGUCCUCUACUAGAGGCCUGGAAGUUUGAGGGUUCUGUGCAGUAUCUUAGCUGAUCCUAGAACUGCACUCUUUUGGACAGCAAUCUCGAUGUCCCAGCUGGAAUAUGUUGAAGACACUCCUCCCAACUUGGGAGUCACAGCCCCGAGUGCUCCUAUCACAACUGGGACUACUAUGGUCUUCACUUUCCACAUAAGUCCUUGGUAUUUCUCCAUUUUCUAAUGUUCCUUCUUCCUGAUGUUAUUGUGUGUGUUUAGACACGUUCACACACUAAAUCCCACAACCAGUAUGCAAAAUCAAAUAUGGCUCUGCACCUGAAAUGGAACAAGAUUGCUUAUCACAGAGGCAAUGCUUUAAAAAAUGCAUUUGUACAAAAUCAAAUAAUUUUUCACCUAAAAUAGGAUCACACAAGACCUCACCAAAGGCUUUGCUUUAAGGUUGUAUACAUAUAGAUGAAAGUGUGUGCAUGUGUUAUGUAUACAUAUAUUUUUUUGGUUGUAUAGUUUUUUUUUUUGUUUUUUUUUUUAAACUCCUCAAUUUACUUAUUGACCAUGUAAGUGUAAAGAGAACUUGAGCUCGGUAUUCAAUAAAUGUUUUACUCUCCAGUGUGCAUUUUAAAUAUAGCAAUAUUCUGCCAUUGAGUUCUUUUGUGUAUAAAUCUUGGUUUUAUUUAUUGUCCUUCUCUCUCCCCUGCCCCUUCAUUUUUUUUAUCUCCACAACUAGCUUUUACUCCAGCCCUGGUUUCUCCAUACCAGUAUGCAAUGACAGGUAAGAUUACCUCCUCCAGGGUGUUUGCUUUUUAUGGUCGGAGAAGUGUGUAUGUUCCUCUUAUGUCUCUUGUCCUGCUCCCCUUUUGUGAAGAAAUGAUGCAAGUUGUCAACACCUGCAAGAAUAUCUUACUGUGUAACUACUCAAUCCUGCUUGCCCUCUAUAAAUGAGAUGUUCAUGAGAUACAGAGAAGAAAAGUUUUUUUUUUUUUUUUUUUUCCUCUAAGUAUUUCACCUCAGACUUACAGAUUUCAAAUUAACAUGUGGGAUUAUUUUCUAAUGAGCUGGUUGCUUUUGGGAAAGGAAAAUGCCUUAAUGUGAACCUGUUAUCCACAAAACAUAUGGAUAGCUAUUGCACAUUACCUCACAUAGAUGUUUAAUCAGACAAGUUAUACAGACUGCACUAGUAAAAUCUGUUCUGGUGCGUUGAGUGACCGUUUUAUGCAGCAAGUACACCGUCCUUGGUCUCCCUGCCAAGAAUGUCUAACUUUAAGUUUUUGUAGAAAUUGCUGCAAAUAUAAUCCUGUUACCCUGGCUCUCAGACAUCAGUGGAUUGAUAAAUCUUAUGUAAACCAUGUCUGUAUAUGCAGUAGAACUGUGCCUUAUUCAGUAUAUUUUUUAAUUUUUUUCCCCAGAGUUGUUCAAAUAUUUUAUCUUGCCAUUUUGUAUUAAAUGUUAAUGAAGAACUCUCUCUAGAGAAUUAUUAGCAGCUUAGAAAUUUAUAGGAAAAAAACCAGAUGAGGCUGAAACAUUAUAGAGCAGACUUUAAUGCUGCCUGAGCUUCCAAUUCAUGCUUUUGAAGUGAGCACAGGGUUCAUGCGAAGAUUGAUAUUUAAAACCACUUGUUUACAUUAUUUGACCUGCUUUACAGUAUAUGCUUUUCAGGAAUACCUGGGUAAGGAUUACCCCAUAGUUCCUUGGUGCCCUGCUUAAAUCUAAAAACCUAGGGAUUUUAAUGUAUAUUGGCAAAUAUACAUAUAUUUCUAAUCAUGCAGAUAUCACUGAUAACUGGAAAAAUUUUUUAACUCUAUUUGCAAUGAAAAUAUCAAAAUAUAUAUAUAUAUAUAUAUAUAUAUAUAUAUAUAUAUAUAUAUAUAUAUAUAUAUAUAUAUAUAUAUAUAUAUAUAUAUAUAUAUAUAUUUAUAUAUAUAUAUAUAUAUUUAUAUAUAUAUAUAUUUAUAUUCAUUCUAAGAUGCAAAUGUAUCGACCAUGCCAUCCUUUUCCAGAACGAUGAAAAGGUUUAUCAUCUGGUAAAGUGAGUCAAGUAUAAUAAAUCUAAUCUAAUAUAUUUUAGGAGUUGGAGAAAAGUAUUCAACAUGGGAACCGACCAAGAGGGAACUUGAGCUGCUGAGGCAUAACCCCAAGAGAAGGAAAAUAACCUCAAACUGCACCAUAGGUAAUUAAGGACACUAAUUUCCGAUUGAUCCCAAAAAGCUUAUAGUCUGUACCGGAUUUCUACUGCUACACUGUGUUCCUCCAUGGAGUUUUGACUCUGACAGUCUUGCUAUAAAAUAGAAUGUUCUAAAAAAUAAGUAAUAAACAGUCAUGAGGAAACCAUAGUGAAGUAAGCAAAAUACUGAGGCAAAGUAGUCACUACUUUGUCUUAGUAUAUCUUUCGACUGGGUUGGCAUUUCAUUGAAAUUCUGCUAAAGUAAUUAUGAAAUACAAAUUUUUGAUAUGGUGGGUCACAGAGGCCUCCCUUUAAAAUUCAAUGUAAAUGCACACAGUUAAAAUGUUUAUGAAGUUACAGUAAUUAAGGAAUCCAGCAAAGAAGUGUUCAAAGUUCAGUCUCCUGUGCUAAUGCAUUUCAUCAUUUUAUUUUGCAUUUCAAAAUAAAUUCUCAAAUUAGUAAAGGAAGACCUAUUGGGCAUCGCAUAAUGUUGUUUCUUGGAGGACAUUCCAAGGAAGCCCAUCUGGUUUCAUAGGGCCCUGAACAGAGCCUUAACUGGCAGAUUGUCAUUACAUGCUUUAAAAUUUUAAUAAAAUGCAUUUAAUUUUCAUGCUGCAUGUUUUAAAUGCAUUUAAUUUUCACGCCACUAUUGUUGACUUCUUUGUACCUUCUUUUUCCAUAUUCACACACACACACACACACACACACACACACACACACACUUUUCCCCUCAUGUUCUUGAUCUCAUAAUCACCUCAGACUUGCCUUUCUACUAUUGUUUCCUUUUUCUCUUCCUCUUUCAGAAUCUGUUCUUUUCUUCAUUUCUGAUCCAUUUCUCUUUAAAACACAAGACAAAUUAGGAACCACUUUGUCACAUGUAUUUUUCCUACACUUCGCGAAAAAUUAGAUUAAGGCAAGCUGCAAUUUCUUAGCUUAACAAAGGAAGUGGAGCUCAAACUACUACAUUUGCAUUGACUUAGAGAUAAGGGUUAAUAACCAAAUUCUCAAAUAUUCACUUUUUUUUUUUUUUCUCUUCUCUAGGUUUGCGAGGAUUAAUCAAUCUUGGGAACACGUGUUUUAUGAACUGUAUUGUCCAGGCACUUACCCACACUCCUUUACUGCGAGAUUUUUUCCUUUCUGACAGGCACAAAUGUGAAAUGCAGAGCCCCAAUUCUUGCCUGGUUUGUGAAAUGUCUACUCUCUUUCAGGAGGUAAGUUCUUCUGGUAGAUUAGUAUUGUCUGCUCCCCCUCACAUUUUUACCAGAUUGGAUAUGGAAUAAAUAUUUUUACACUCUGUUCAUAAAGUUGUUGAAGUUUCUUAAACCACUUAAGUAAAAUAGGUUGCUGCUUUCUAAAACAUAACACUACCUCAUUACCCACACCUACCUUUAUUUUUUAACAAGGCAACUUCCUUAUUAAAAAAAAAAAAAUAAUGUGGGGAGCGAACAAGCUGCAUCCCACAGCCAAUCGCUGUCCUAUCUGUCCCAUUUCUUUGAAAUAGUAUGGAGAUAAAGGACAGUGGCUGUGCAGUGCAGCCAACUCAGCAGCUCUUAUCACACUGGGCUACUAUUCAUGAAAAUAUUUGGUAAAAAUAUGGAGCUUUAAAGGGAUACAAUCGUGCCCGGAAUACAACGCAGCAUUCCUGUCACUACCGAUCCCUCUGCCUCCCCCCUUUCUCGCGCCCCCCUCCUCUCCGGUUAACAAAUGGUUAAAAACACUUUACUUACCAAAUCUCGGUGCUGGCUUGAAGCUCUGCUCUUUCCUCCUUCCCGUGGCGAGCGAGGUCUAAUGCGCAUGCGUGGCAAAUGCUGCAUGCAUUAGACCUCCCCACUGGAAAGCAUUGAAUCAAUGCUUUUCCUAUGGGAGAAAAUCUGAUGCUGGAGGUCCUCAUGCAGAGCGUGAGGACAUCCAGAGUCAGAUAACAGACCAAAAGUCUGUUAUGAUUCUGGAAGCGCCCCCAGUGGUAGAUAGCCACUGUGGGCAGACUUAGUGCUACAAUGUAAACAUUGCAGUUCUCUGUAACUGUAAUUUUUGACAUUACAGCACUAGGUGCAAAAGGGCACAGCACCCAGACCACUUCAAUGAGCUGAAGUGGUCUGGGUGCCUACAGUGUAUUUUUAAUACAAGAAACACACCUGACAAACUUAGGUUGCUACUAUGAGUGUUCAUUUACCUCUUAUGCCAGUUGAAUCAAUAAUUAUUUUGUGCUUUAAGAAGUUCAGUCUGCAGUUUUUAAAAUGUAAUUCUUCUCUCUCGCCUACAAGCCAUCCAUCAAACAUGGCAGGGAUCUUCUCUUGCCACCAUAACUACUUAGAUAAACUGAAAUUAUGGUGCCAAGAGUGGUGUAAAGUAGGGCUGUGUGUGUAAUCAAUCCCGAAGUUAGCUAUAGUUUAUACAGUAUAUAUGAAUCUAAUUUUUUCUGGUUUAGCAAGCCAACUUUUAGUCCAAGCUACAAUGGUAAGAAAAUUACUUGCUGGUUAAGCUUAUUUUCUAGGUUAUAUGAUACAGAAUUUUUAUUUAUUUUUUUAAAUAUAUGAAUGUUCAAAUCUGUUUUGUUAAUUAUAUCCCAGUUGUGGGAUGUUGGCUUUAUUAGAAGAAUUUUUUUAUUUUUUUGUGUCAGUUUCUUUAAUCUUUAGAUCCCCCUCUUUUUAUUCUAAUCUCCAGUUUUACUCCGGGCACCGAUCUCCUCACAUUCCAUAUAGGUUACUGCACCUUGUAUGGACGCAUGCAAGACAUUUAGCAGGGUACGAACAACAGGAUGCACAUGAAUUUCUCAUUGCUGCAUUAGAUGUACUGCACAGACAUUGCAAAGGUAAAUGCUCUCACUAUCUGGACCACAACAUAUUAAGAUGGAAUUGUAACCAUUUUUGUUUCAACCUGUGAUCUGUGUAAGUUCUUCAUUGAGACGCUGCACUUUCCUCAUAGAGAUGUAUUGCUUCCCUUGGUUGAGAUUAUCAGAAUUUACUAUCUCAGCCAGUCCAAUGCUUUCCUAUGGGACAGCAUUGUUAUAGGCUGAGAUAAUCACUUCUGAUGAGGUCAGCCAAAGAAGUGGAUGGGGAGCAGACCCAUGCAGAGCUGGAAAUAAGGUAAGAUCUUCCUAUAUUUUGGGGGCCCAAGGGAGCUAGAUGGUUAUUUUAACACUAUAGGGUCAGGAAUAAACAUUUGUGUUCCUUAAUGUGCCAAAAAAAACUUUUUGGGGUUGUUCUUGCUUUCUUAUCCUAUAAGCUUUUUCUAGUUUAGCCUAAUAAAUUGGCCAUUUGGCAAACACUGAUGGCAUUUAUAUACUGUAAUAGUGUCUUGUGCUAUAAUUGUUAGUAUUGUUUACUGAUUAGUAUUGUUUACUGACCUAUUUAAUUAAAAUGUUUAAAUUUCCUUUUCUUAUUGUUAAUCACUUAUUGUUAAUCUCAUUCUCUUCCUCUUUAGGUGAUGACAAUGGAAAGAAGGCCAACAAUCCAAACCACUGUAACUGCAUCAUAGACCAAAUAUUCACUGGAGGACUGCAGUCAGAUGUAACUUGUCAAGUGUGCCAGUGAGUUCUCGCCUGCCUUUGGAAAAGUAUAUCUGGUUUAGGAUGUAUGCAUGUAGAUCUUAUUUUAAUACUAGAGUCCUAUUUCCAUAAAUUAAAAUAAAAUCCUUACAUUAACAUAUACAGAGUUUUAUAGGGAUUGUGAUAUUAUGCUUUAAAAAUGAUUGACCAUAAAACUGAUCUGUUAAAGAAGUAAAACCACACUGCAUAUUGGUGUUGGUGGACAUGAAAGGAACACAAUAACACACUCACACAAUCAUGACUAAAGAUACAUUCUGCCAUUAGAAAUUUAACAUGUACAGCAAAGGUUUUCUAACGUUUGAUUUCUUUUACAACUAGUGAGAUGUAUCCACCAAAAUGGUAAAUUAAAGCGUUUAGCUUACAUUUAUUUACAGCUGCCACUUCUCCCCUGGCAGAGAUCAAUACUGAUAAUCUCAGCAACUCAAAUGCUCACCUAUAAGGGAGCAUUGGGGACUAGUGCUCAUGCAUGGCAGUUGCCAUGUUGGGCAAAUCAGAAUCUCCUCAUAGAGGUGCAUUGACUCAGGGCAUCUCAGUGGGCAGUGUUUGGCAUCUCUGUGCAGUACUAAGUGUCAUUCCUGCAAAGAUCGAAAGACUACAACCCAGAAGCGCCUUACGGAGCAGUGUUAACACUUCCUUUUCUCAGAAAAGGCAGUAUUUACCGUGCUUAGACUCUAGGUAUAGCCUCUGUGCCAUAACACCACUACAUUAAGGUGUAGUAGUUUAGUUGCUUAGUGCCCUUUUGUAAGAAUUAAGGAAUGUCUGACCUCUAAAUGUAUACUUCGAGGUAGUUCAUGUUUCGUAACUGUUGCUUCUGAAAUGAACAUAAAAUGUAUCAUAUUCUUCAUUUCACAAGUUGAGUACUCCAAUGUUUUCAGGUUCAAAGCAAAGGACGGCUGCCUUAUAACAAGCAAGCGUAGACUUUACUGCCUAAGAGUUGACAUUUGCAUGGACUAAAGUCACAAUUCAGUGCUUAUAUUCAUGUUUCAAAGUAGAAGAAAAGUUAUCAGGGAGUAAUCUGCGCACCUACAGUUGCUUAUUAUGCAUGCACUGUAGGUUUUUUUUGUUGUUUUUUUUUUUUUUACCUGUACAAAGGUUCUCCUGCUAAAAACCUGUUAAUUCUCUACCUGCAUGCAAUGCUGUUUGCAUAUUAGGGUACGCCAAUCAUUAAAGGAACACUAUACCGUUUAGUUGACUAGGGGCCUCCCUUCUGUGGCGAAUAAAGGGGUUAACCAUUUGCUUACUUUAAUCCAGCUCCGGGCUCCCUCAGCACUGGGGACCUCUCCUUCACCAUCGAUGUCAGCUACCGAGUGGAGCCGAAUGCGCAUGUGUGGCCAAAGGCGCGCGUGCAUUCAAACCUGCCCAUAGGAAAGCAUUACUCAGUGCUUUCAUAUGGGGAUUUGUUUUGACACUGGACUCUGUGAGGAUGUCCAGCGUCAAAUAAGUGUGAUUUACUCUGUGUAAAUUGCAGAAGGGGCCUCUGUCAGUCAGGGAGAAGGCCACUAGAGGCUGGAUUAACCCUGCAGUGUAAACAUAGCAGUUUCUAUGAAACUGCUAUGUUUUUAGCUGCAGAGUAAAAACUAGGGGGACCUGGCACCCAGACCACUUCAUUGAGGUGAAGUGGUCUGGGUGCCUGUAGUGGUCCUAUAAGUUGCUCAAUGUAUAGAUUUUAUUUUAAGUACUGUAAAUUGGCACCAAGUCUUGUUUGGAAUGGCCUAUGAUUUGAUAGAUAUUGUGUAAUGCUACUCCCUAAAUGUGUUUGCCUGAAAUUUUUGUUCCUGGUCAAUCCAUUGAUCCAUAACUGACUCAUUAACUAGAUAUAUUAAUCAUUGAAAUAGUUAAAAAGGGAAUUGGGUCUCCAUUAGUUUUGUAUGCAAAGUAAAGGUGCAUUAUUUUAAAAUAUAGGGUAACUAUUGCAAAGGUUUCUAAACUGAAAAAUAUAUUUUUACUGAGACUGGCGAUUAAAUGGACCCCAUAGGAAUCUGAAUAUCCUCUGUGCACUAACCCUGGUUGUCUACUUUGUCUACAAUUGUUUGCCAUGGUGGAGGUAUCCUUAAGUGUAGUUCUUUUAUUCCUGCAUGAAUGUAUGCAUGGGCCUAGUAAAUAUCAAGUUUGAAAAUGGACAUUGGCCCUGGGAAUUAUUAUUGGUAUUUAUAUAGCGCCAACAGAUUAUGUAGUGCUUUACAAUAUUAUAAAAGGGGGGAGAUUUAACAAUAAAUAAGACAAUUACAAAAAACCUACAAGUUAAAGGUACCUACGAUGGGCUGAAGAGGACCCUGCUCAAACAAGCUUACAAUCUAUAGGAGGUUGGAUAUAAAACACAAUAAAAUAAGAGAGUAAUCAAAGAGGGUGGGAGUGAAGCAGAGCUGGAGGAGAGAGUAAAGUGCUGCCCUUUAGGAGAGAGCAAGGGACAGGUAUGUGAGUAGAGUUUACUCUGGGAUGCCAUAAUCUAUCUUGAAGAGAGGUUUUAAGGCACUUCAACACUAGGAAUGAGUCUGGAAGGGAGCCACCCGCGAGAAGUCCUGCAAGCGUCAGUUGGCCGUACGCGUGUGAGCAGCGGACGUGAAGGAGCAUACUGAUAAAUCGGUGAAGAGAUGUAGGAGGGGCUAGAAUUGUUGUAUGGAUUAGUAUUUUAAAUUGACUCCUGUAGAAUGCAGAAAGCCAAUGAAAGGACUGACAGGUGAUGUGUGAAAGGACCAACUGGAGAGGAGAAAUCGGUCUGACAACAGUAUUCAUUAGACUGUAGCGGGACAAUAUGGCUUUUGGGAAGACCAAUAAGGAUUGGGUUACAAUAAUCCAUGCGAGAUUACUAGAGCAUGGACAAGCUCCUUCGUAGCAUCUUGUCUAAGGAAUGGGCGGAUGCGGGCUAUGUUUUUAAGAUGGAAUCUACAGGCUUUGGCAACAUACUGGAUGUGAGGCUCAAAGGUGAGGCCAGAAUAAAGUAUGACUCCAAGACAGCGCGCUUGCAAGGAUGGACUUAUGUGGAUUCUACUUACUUGAAGGGAGAGCAAAAGAGGAGGAUUGGUUUUAGGAGGAGGAGGAAAGACAAGGAGCUCAGUUUUAGAGAGAUUGAAUUUCAGAAAGCGGGAGGACAUCUAGUCAGAAAUGGAAGAAAGGCAAGCAGUGGCACAGGGGAGAGGUGUGUGGAGAAGAGAUAUCUCUCUAUCUCUCUCCCUCUCUCCCUCCUCUGUUUAAAGAGAAUAGAAGGGGACCAAGGAGAGAGCAUUGGGGGACUCCAACCAAGACAGGAUGAAGGGAGGAGAUACUGAAUGAGCGUUGGGAGACAUAGGAGGAAAAAAACGAGAGACCGAGUGUUUGAAGAACAACAUGAUCAACAGUGUCAAAGAAUUCUCUACAGAACAUUAUAGGUUAUUGCAAUACUUAAAGGGACACUAAGCACCAACAAAAAUCCUCUUAAUUAAGUAAUCUUAUUGAUUUUGUCUUACAAUGUAAAGUCUUGCUAUUUCAAAGAAAUGGCAAUGUUAACAUUUUGUUAAUGCCUCUAGCAGACAGCCACUAGAGGUGCAUCCUUCAAGAGCUUCUUAGAGAAGCCUUCAAUUGUUGCUUCUCUGUAAGAAGUACUGGACUUAUACAUCAUAAAAACUGCUACACUUGCACCAAAGGAUUACAGUGUAAAUAAAUGUAAAGGCCCCUUUAAACAUUUUAACUUAAUGUGUUUUCAGGAAUACAGUAUUCACACUGGAAAGGCCAGUGUGUAUGUAAACCUAAAAAAAAAAAAAUUGUAUCACAAAAAUAUGCCAAAAACAAACAGAUCACACUGCCUCUAGAUAGAAAUUGUGGGCUGUUGAGUAUCUACAAAUGCAUACUUUGAUGUGGUAGUUCUGGGGUUUUGUGUUGGCUGUUAGAAAUACAGUGCCAAUAUACUAAAGUUACUACUUAUUUAGGCUGAAAAGAGACAUGUGCCCAUCAAGCUCAGCCUUCACGUUUUAAAUUGUACUACUUGAAUGCUUUGCCCAUAUCAAUAUUGAUUGAAAUUUCUGUUAAUAUAUUCCUACACUAACAAAAAAUUACUAAAGCUUAUUGUUGGGCACUUUUGUUACAGUUGCAGAGUACAAAUUCUUAGAAGCACACUGUUAUUGCGCUGUAUGUAUUAUAAUACCAAAAACUAGCAACAGGUUAAUAAAAAGACCAUCUUCUACCUCCUUCAAGAUGGUCAUGUUUAUUGUAAGCAGAACAUCCAGUGUUGUAAUUAUUUUUGUCUUUAUCAGUAAUUGUUUUAAUUUUAUUUUUUUUACAAUUAGUGGUGUCUCUACAACAAUAGAUCCGUUUUGGGACAUCAGCUUGGAUCUGCCAGGUUCUUCUACUCCCUUUUGGCCUUUGAGCCCUGGAAGUGACGGUGGAGUUGUGAAUGGAGAAAAUCAUGUUUCAGGAACAACCACCCUAACAGACUGUCUGAGAAGGUACAUUAGUGGAGCAUAAACUGUGUUGAAAUGUGUUGUGUGCAGCAUAUGUAAUAUUUUGGCAUGCACAUAACAAAUGUUUAACUUCUAUAAUAUGAGUACUCUGUCUUUGCUGUGGAAGCACAGUGUGACAUUGAAUAUAUUGGCUGCGUUUAGUUGCUGUAACACAAAAAUCAAAAUAAAAACCCUGAAUCUAGGAUUCAGACCAUCAAUGAUUUAAUUUCAUCUUAAACCAGUGUGGAAGUAGAAUUUUCCUUUUUGUUUUUUUGUUUUUUUUGCAAAUCUACUAAAAGGUUUCCCAAAAUAAAACAUUUUUUUUUUAAAAACUUUAAUUCCAUUUUAUUUAAUUUUUGUUUCUUUAAACCCUUCAACUUUCCCAGAAUAAGUAUCAGUUGGCCUUUCUUGAAAGUCAUUGAGCCAUUAAUGCUGUUCAAACAGCUAGACAGAAAUUAUGAAAAUUCAGACCCCAUCAAAUGUAACUCUUGCUCUGUUUGUGACAUUUUUUGUUAACCUUACUAUAAAAGAAUACAACUUUUUUUGUUUUAAAAAAAAAAAAAAAAGAGGGGAGGGGGGGUGCAUAAUCUCUAGAAACCUAUUUGGUAGCCCAAAGUGGUUUCUGGUUCUCCUUGUGUAAUUGCUCUUCUAUAGCAUAUAGUGCAAGCUAUAAAUUGUGAAUACAAUUCUUGAAAAUGUAAUUUCCUUGCUCCUUUGGUAGCGUAUUCUCCCAUCUGGGUUACUAUUAUCUCCUCUUUCCAUUAGUUUCCUUACAUCUUUGUCAUUAUUUUGUGGGUGGGAGGGAACUGGAUCCUUAAAGGACCACUAUAGUGCCAGGAAAACAUACUUAUUUUCCUGGCACUAUAGUGUUAAUAGGUUCCCCCCACCCGCAGGGUCCCACUCACGCCAGGCUCAGGAGGGGUUAAUCACUUAUCUUUCUCCAGCGCCAGGCUCCCUCGGCGCUGAGGACUCUCCUCCCUCUUCCGACAUCAUCCGCCGAAUGCGCAUGCAAGAGCCGUGCGCGCAUUCAAUCAGUCAAUAGGAAAGCAUUUUUCAAUGCUUUCCUAUGGACGGCAGCAUCUUCUCACUGUGAAAAUCAGUGAGAAGCGCGGUAGCGGCUGUCAAUGAGACAGCCACUAGAGGCUGGAUUAACCCUAAUGUAAACAUAGCAGUUUCUCUGAAAAUAUGUUUACAGCUGCAGGGUUAACCCUAGAUGGACAUGGUACCCAGACCACUUCAUUGAGCUGAAGUGGUCUGGGUGCCUAUAGUGGUCAUUUAAAUUACUCCCUAAUGUGACUUGGUGAUGAGGGAACUAUGCAACAAGCAAAGGGGGACCAAACCACUUUAGUAGUUGCAGAUACACUGGCAUCCAUAACUCUAAUUUAAAAAAAAUUUUUAUUGAUCUCCUUAUCGUAAACAUGCUAAUUGUGUAACACACUAAAUUCACAUUGAUGUGAAACCUGUAUAAUUUCCUCUGGUUUGCUGAUCUACUUUUGCCUUUCUUUGUCAUCCCUUGCAAUUAUGCACAUGAAAAAAUAUUUUUUUAAAAAUGUUUCUCAUUCUGUUAGGUUUACACGACCAGAACAUCUUGGAAGCAGUGCCAAAAUUAAAUGCAGUGGUUGCCAUAGUUACCAGGAAUCGACAAAACAGCUUACUAUGAAGAAAUUGCCUAUUGUGGCUUGUUUUCAUCUCAAAGUAAGACAAGUGCAUAAUGUCGGUUGGACAGUAAAUGUUCCACAAUGUUGUCUGCAAAAGCUUACAGCCUACUGAAAAACUGACUGUCGGCAUUACUAAAUUGGUCAAUCUUUGGCCCAACUGUCUUUAUGAUCUUACAUGCGCAGGCAAAAAACAACUUUGUUUUGGCAUGGAAAAAAUAGUAGUAUGACAGGGUUUUCACCUGUUAGAAAGGAGGCUGCUUUGUAGACAUUACUCACUAGCGCAAUAAACCACAACAGUACUGAAGGAACUAGACCAAAUGAAGAUAGUUAAAACCUAUAAUUCUUUAGUUUAUCCUGUUAAAGUAUACAGGAAGGGUCAGUCUGUGGGGUGACCAUAUUUAAAAAAACAAAAAAAAAACAAACACACACUUUUUCUAUUUAAGGCUAGAAGGGCCUUGUUCAUACACCUACAAAUAAGGGCUUUAAGAAUUAAUGGUUUUGUGUACAGCACAAGUCUUUGGAUCUUCUGCAGGGAGUACUCCCCAAUCCAAAUUUAUUUUUCUAUAGGGAGAUGAGACUAUCCAUGUUUACUUACCUUGUAGUUACAUUGUUGCUCUUUCUAGAGCUGCCAUAAGUGGCUUUGCUGUUAAAGUUUUAACUGUUCCUUUAAAAAAAAAAAAUCACAAAUUUAAUUUAUUUUUCUGUCAUAGCGGUUUGAACAUUCAGCUAAGCUGAGGCGGAAGAUUACUACAUAUGUAUCGUUCCCUUUGGAGCUGGACAUGACUCCAUUCAUGGCAUCCAGGUGAGAGGAGUUGAUGUCUAAAGAGAUUUGAGCUUUCUUUUAAGAUGCGAUUGGAAUGAUAGUCAGAAAAUGCUACCUCAUGUUUGGUACUUUAUUUUGUGUUUGUACAAAUAAUGGCUCUUUAUUCAAAAUGAUGCAUGACCAUAAAUGUAGGGUACCUCAGAAGCAAAGAUAAGCAUGAUGUAAUUUUUGAGGAAAUGUAAAGCUAUACUUAUAUUGGCUUGUUAAAUGUAGGAUAAGACUUGUUUUUGCGCAAUGAUAGAAGGUAAAUAAACAAAUGAAUUCGGAAUAUGAAAUAAAUGGAACAUAGGAAAAAAUCUGUGUAAGAUCUUCCACACCACUUUGUCCUGGUGGGUGGUGUUUAGUUUUUUUGUUUUAGGUUUUUAUGAAGUGCAUAUUCCAUAGGUUUUUGACAUUUGUGUUCCCUUUAUUGCAGCAAAGAGAGCAGGAUGAACGGGCAAUAUCUGCAACCCCCAGAUAAUUUAAAUAAUGACAAUAAGUGAGUACUGCACAUUUCUGCCGUAACCUCUCUAAAAUUAACCUCCAUUCAGGGUGUUUGUCUUCAUAAUAUACACUGUGUAGGCAUAAAUCAGCUGGUCAGAGUAGAUGGUAACACCACUUUGACUGGGAUUCAAACCGUUUUUUACCAGUCCUAACCGCUUUACCAGUAAGUGCCCUAUCGAUAAAUACUUACAUUUUCAUACAUUGUAAGCCAAUUUGAGAAGGGCUUUCCUCCCCUCUAAAUAAUAUUGUAAUGCUCUGCAGAAUAUGUUGGACUUUAGUGCCUAACACUAGACUUUAGAUGAGCAACAUUCUUUUAAAAUGAGGAAUUGCAGCAGACUUUGAGAUAGAAACAUAGAAUGUGACGGCAGAUAAGAAUCAUUCGGCCCAUCUAGUCUGCCCAAUUUUCUAAAUACUUUCAUUAGUCCCUAGUCUUACCUUAUAGUUAGGAUAGCCUUAUGCUUAAACUCCUUUACUGUGUUAACCUCUACCACUUCAGCUGGAAGGCUAUUCCAUGCAUCCACUACCCUCUCAGUAAAGUAAUACUGCCUGAUAUUAUUUUUAAACCUUUGUCCCUCUAAUUUAAGACUAUGUCCUCUUGUUGUGGAAGUUUUUCUUUUUUUAAAUAUAGUCUCCUCCUUUACUGUGUUGAUUUCCUUUAUAUAUUUAAAAGUUUCUAUCAUAUCCCCCCUGUCUCGUCUUUCCUCCAAGUUAUACAUGUUAAGAUCCUUUAACCUUUCCUGGUAAGUUUUAUCCCGCAAUCCAUGAACCAGUUUAGUAGCCCUUCUCUGAACCCUCUUUAAGGUAUCAAUAUCCUUCUGAAGAUACGGUCUCCAGUACUGUGUACAAUACUCCAAGUGAGGUCUCACCAGUGUUCUGUACAAUGGCAUGAGCACCCUCUUUCCACUGCUAAUACCUCUCCCUAUACAACCAAGCAUUCUGCUAGCAUUUCCUGCUGCUCUAUUACAUUGUCUGCCUACCUUUAAGUCAUCAGAGAUGCUUUGUUUAUGUAGGUGACAUAUCAAUUUGGGAUUCCUGUGGUAGAUCUGCAAUUCUGGAAUGGGGGCUUUUUGUUUAUAAUUUUUUUUUUUUUUUUGCCUAAAAAUUAAAUUCACUUUGAAUUCCCAACAUUUCACGUGUUAGUUUGUAACCUUUAAAUUGCCUACAAUGUUCACUUUGAGUAACCCUCUUAGAUUUUUAUUUUUUAUUUUUUUUAACUCUGAAUACAUUAUUGUACAGCAAUAUGAACAAGCGUGAAGAGGAAAAACAAACUGCACUAUGGGUUGCUAUUCCUUUUUUUUCUUUUCUUUUUAUUUCGCCAUUGUUUACAUUUUUGUGCUUUGUCCAUUUAUACUCAAUUGUACACAGAUUUGCACAGCUGCCAGUUUACAUUUACACGCUCUUCUUUGCAGGUAUUCCUUGUUUGCAGUAGUUAAUCACCAGGGAACCUUGGAAAGUGGGCAUUACACAAGCUUUAUUCGGCAACACAAGGACCAGUGGUUCAAAUGCGAUGAUGCUAUUAUCACUAAGGCUAGCAUUAAAGAUGUACUAGACAGCGAAGGGUGAGUUCAUAUUUUUUUUUUUUUUUUUAAAUCUGCAUUGCAAGGUCAUUUGGUCUGGUUUUAUUUUCAUAUUUAGUCAAAUAACAUUUUAGACACCAUAACAACUUUAAAACAGUUCUUGCAUAACCACUAAGCCCUGCGUGCUGCACAUCAGGUGGGUGCCAUGACUGCUACCCACCCUUGUAGGCCACGCAACAUUAAGGAGUGUGGAGGCGCAGGACUCUGCUUGUCUGCGCCCCCCAUGGUAUUUUGAGCAGUAGCAGAUGUGCGUCACCGUGGCGGAAGAGCCUUGAGACUGGAGCAGCAAGCUAAUUUUGUGGGGGUUUUUUUGUUUUGUUUUUUUUUCAAAUGGAUAUUACUGGCAGGGGCAGAGCUUUUUUUUGUGAAGAGGGGGGAGUAUGAGUUUUGUGAGGAAGAGUGGGGCCAGUGGGUUUUGUUUAGAAGGCUGGGCAGGUUUUUUUUUUUUUUUCUUGUUUACUGGGUGUCUUUUGCAUUUAAAAAGCAUAUGGGGGGGCUGUGGCAAACACGUGAUUCGCCCUGGUGCCAAAUGUUCUAGCCUGCAGGUGUUUGGAUUUUGGUGAGUUUUUUUUUUUUUCUCCCCAUUCUAUACAUAUGGGGGUAACUUAUUAACCCAUAGUUUCUCUUAAAAUCCCUGCAUGUUAUUUGGUAGGACCAUUUUUUUGUGUUUCUAUGUGGAAGCUUUGUUUUGCAGAGAUUUGGGCAGUUUUUGAUUAUUUACUCCAGGUUGUCUACCUGUCAUUUGUGGAUUCCAACUGUAAAAUAAUGCCACAGAUUCCUAAUUGGUUGAGGUUGGAAUUUUGAUUCCAGAAAGGUGUUAUAUUUUUUUUUUUUUUUCCCCCAUACUGGAGUUCUGCUUUUUGUUUUAAGUAGUCUGAAAUAUUUUCAGUAAAUGCUGAUGAAAAGAAUUCCAUAGCUUCAUAGUGCCACCACAUUUCAUGUGGAUGGUUUUGAUAUGCUUGCUGUUGAUUUGAGGCAAGCCCUUUGCACUUGGAGUUUUGGCCAAAAAAAUAAAUACCUUUUUUACUUAUUUGUAACAUUGCACAGUAUUACAGAGCGGGCUAUAAGAACAAAUUAUGAUUUUUCACUGUAACUUUUGUGAAUCUUUGCAAUGUUGAUUGCUACAAUUUUUUUCUUUCUUUGCAGGUAUUUGCUUUUCUAUCACAAGCAAUUUCUGGAAUAUGAAUAACUGUCAAAAUUAUGUCUGGCGUAUGUGUAAAGAAAAAAAAAAUACAAACAAUACAAGCCUUCUGUGAAAACACACAAGCCUACCUGAAAUGUACACACAAGGCAGACAUUAGACCAGAGCUAUGCCGAUAUCACACCUGUCCAUGCUGAUUCUUGAACUGGUGAAGGAACACUUCAGGCCAAGGCGUAAAAUACAUGGGAGCCAGCGAACAAGAUGGACCAGGCCAGUGGAUACUCACUCUGGCACUAAACAUCUCUCGUGCUUCUGGGAAUAUGUGUAGGAAGCAAUGGAGGGUGGGAGGGGGGGGUGCAAGGGCUUGAGAGAGAUCAUAUAUUUGAAUACUAUCACAAACGCAACUUCUCUAUUUGAGCUGCAUCUGACCAAUCUUAGGACAGUUCUAAGAAUGAACCAAGGGAAGCCAAGCCCAUGAUUCCAUGCAUAUGGAACUGAAAUAUUUUGGUGGGGAAAAGGCAGCCAGGUUGGUAUCUACAAAGCAAGGAUGAAAAGAUAAAGACUCUGCAAGUAUCUUUUUGUGAGUUUUAGUUAUAAAAAAAUAAAUUCAGUAUGAAAACUAUUAAGCUAUCCGUGUUUCUCAGCCAGCAUUACAAAAUCCUGGAUUGUGGACUGAAUCUGCAGAUACUGAGACUGGUUUUCAGUAUAAAUGUUAUAAUUUGGACUGCCCCUUGAAACUGGGACAUUUAUUUGUUUGUUUGUUUUUUGUUUUUUUUAAAUUUGUGGGUUUUUUUUUUUUUCUUCUGUUCAGAUUUGUUUUAUUUUUGUCUGGAUAGCAAUUUAUUUUGUUUUCUUUUCAUGAAAAUGAAUCUAAUGCAGUCAUGAGUAAAGACAAAACAAUUGAAUUGGCAUGAUGUACUGUGCAUCUGGUUGGCUUAAUUUCAAGCAUCUUGUUUGGGGAAACCUUGGUUUAUAGUCUAUGUAACAAAGUUAUUUAUAACCAAUUACUCUUAGACUAUUCUAUUUAAACCCAGUUAAUAUUUAGCAUACACUGCUUCUAUCGAAAGUGUCAUAUAGUAAGCAAUCUUAUAUAAUAUAAUAACAUUAAUAUAAUAACAAUCUCCUUUGAAUGUCAAGCAUGUUAAAUUGAGGCAUUUUUGACAGGCUUAACUUGCUUAAAGGUACACUAGGCACCAAAACCACUUUUAAGCAGUUUUGUGUAUAGAUCAUGCCCCUGCAGGCUCACUGAUUUAACUCAUAAAUGACAGAAUUAAACACUUUGUUUAUGCAGCCCUAGCCACACCUCCCUCCAUGUGACUUACACAGCCAUCUUAAACACUUUCUGUAAAAGGCAUCUAAUUUUUAAACUUCCUUCAUUUAAUUUUCUUAAUUUAGUAGUUUUAUUCACGGCUUUAAUUGCAU